UUGUAAUAAGGAUUGUCAGGUCAUGACUGACAUUGUACGCAGGUUUAUGGCAAAUACAAGACGCAAUUAGACACGGACGUCGGAUCCUUUUUGUCAUCACUUCAUUCGGUCGCUGCUUGAGGUGGACGUACUUGCAACUUCGCACUUUGAAUCCUCCUCUGCCUUGAAGCCGGCGUGGUCAGCCUAUCGUACACAUAUUUACAUUUGCAAGCCCUUGUGCUUGUUCUCGACAGGGGCAAUAUUUGCUUCAGACUUAACAAUCCAAGCCGAGGGCCAAUAAAAUGUGGCCAUGAUGUUUCCUUGCGUGUAGACCGACAUACAUUAGAAACCCUUACUGUCGAUUGGUUGGUUUCACCAGGUAACGGCUUUACCCAGGGGUUACCUGUGACUGUUGACGGUUGUCACUCCACUUGCUCGCCUCUUGUCAAACGGACUUAACUCGGGGAACAGUUCCGAUCCACGGAAGGAGAACCGAGAUUCAGGUCUAGCUGACCUGAAAUUUCUUUACUGUUAGAAAAUCAGACACAAAUCAUAUUAAAUAUUAGACUUCACAACUCCAAAAUGGAAGACAGUAAAAUCAACGGUGAGAAGGGGAAGUUCUCCCCAGCGUUCGUAGACAUCCAAACUGCCGAGGUUGUUGAACCCCCUCCCUCAAUGGGGAGAAGGAUUUUGCGCAUCUUCAGGAAGAAUCUCUUGAUAUUCCUUCUGAUCCUGGCUUUAUGUCUUGGAGUGGGGAUCGGGGCAGCGCUGCGGACCGUGGAACCAAAGUUUGAUUACCGACAGUUGAUGUACCUCAAGUUCCCCGGAGACUUACUGAUGAACAUGCUAAAGAUGUUGAUUCUUCCUCUCAUCGUGUCCAGUCUCAUCUCUGGACUUGCCUCCCUGGACACUAGAUCGUCUGGCAAGAUGGGGGGUCUGGCCGUGGCCUACUACCUCAUCACCACCUUCGCCGCCGUCGUGCUCGGCAUCAUCCUCGUUGUCAGCAUCGGGCCUGGUUACAAGGGGGGAGAUGCAAAGAGAUCUGGUUCGUCAAAAAUAGUCAACACCGCCGACACCUUCCUUGACCUCCUCAGACAAUGCUUCCCGGACAACUUAAUCGAAAUCGCCUUCCUGAAGCCCGUGACCGAACAAAAGGAAAUACCCUACGAGGAGGAGACGAUGACAACGGCGAUAAUGAACUCAACCAUGUCCACAAUGACAACGGCGAUAAUGAACUCUACCAUGUCUACAAAUACAACAACGGAAAUGACGACGUCCAACACUACCACAACACCAGCACCCAAGAAGUACUUACCCGAGGUGGGGAAGACGAGUGGCAUGAACGUGCUCGGUGUCGUCACUUUCUCCAUUUUCUUCGGCAUCAUCGUCGGCAGGCUGGGGGAGAAGGCCAAGGCAAUGAAGGAUUUCUUCGACGCCCUAAAUGAGGUCACCAUGAAGCUGGUGUCCCUUGUCAUAUGGUACUCCCCUAUCGGCGUGUUGUUCCUGGUGGCCCACAAGGUUGUAGAGAUGGAAAACCCAGAACAGACCUUCCAACAGCUGCUGUACUAUUUCCUCACCGUCAUGGCCGGACUUUUCGCUCACGGCUUUAUCACACUUCCGCUCAUCUACUUCAUUUUUGUCCGGAAGAACCCGCUCAAGUUUAUUGCAGGUGUGGCCCAGGCGAUAUUCACAGCCCUCGGCACAUCCUCCAGCUCUGCAACUCUGCCAAUCACGAUGCGAUGCUUGGAGCAGAACAACGGAGUGGACCGCCGUGUGACUAAGUUUGUAGCCCCCGUAGGUGCUACUAUCAACAUGGACGGCACCGCAUUGUACGAGGCUGUGGCGGUCAUCUUUAUUGGUCAGAUGCAGGGAUACGACCUCAGCAUCGGUCAGAUCAUUAUCAUCAGUAUAACGGCAACAACGGCCGCCAUUGGUGCUGCAGGUGUUCCCCAAGCUGGUCUGGUUACCAUGGUGAUAGUGCUGACAGCAGUUGGAUUCCCCACAGAGGACGUAACGCUCAUCCUGGCUAUUGAUUGGCUAUUGGAUCGGUUCCGUACCGCCAUCAACGUCCUUGGUGAUGCAUUCGGAGCGGGAAUUGUGGCUCAUCUGGCUAGAAAUGAGCUGAAGAAUAUGGACAAUGAUAUUGAAUUUGGCGACGGACAGACCAACAACGGAUAUAUAUCUAGUACACUCGACGAGAGGCUAUAAACACUCGAUCCUUACAACAUGCUUGUCCGAAUCAUUUCCUUUUUACAGCCGUGUCCCGAUAUCUCUGAGUCAAUGGGAAAGUGAGGUAGCCUGGUAGUUAAAGCGUUAGCUCGUCACUCUUAACACCUGCGUUCGAUUCCCAAAUGAGUAUACUCUAUUCUGAUCAUCUGUGUCCCAUGUCGUGAGAGUGCUUCAACUGUACUCAAUUGUUGAACAAGUUCAACAAACCGGAUAUGGCAUUCGUGAAAGAAAGAAAUGAUAUUUAUACAGGUUCCCGUUAACUUCGAUAUAAACACCAUUUGUAGAUACUCGUGUUUGAGGUAACGGGGGAUGAGUGUAGGAAACAUUGUCGUCUAGCAUCUUGUUCUUAUCCUUGCGUUUCUAUGACGAAUAGUGAAACCCCGUUUAACCGGACACCGUUACCGGACACCGUUAGUCCGGAAAAGUAGCCACCCAGAGGAGUACUGUUAGAAACGUUUUGUUCUAAUGACAUUUUUCGUGACAAUGAUUCGUCAACCUGGACAUUUGUUAAUCAGGAUGAUUUUAAUUUGAAGAGCAGUGUCCGGUUUAACGGGCUUAGGCAAUACCCAGUACUUUUCAAUCUCAUUAAAAUCAGACCUUAGUUCUCGCUACCGCUAAAACAAAGAUCUGAAGACAUCCCAUUAGGGGUCACGUCAGAACGACCUUUCAUCCGACC